AUCCCGACAACAUCCGUUUCCCGCAGCUCCUCCCUUUGAUGAUCGAAUCCCUCUAAAUCCACAGCCAGCAAAGAUGCUGUCCAAGUUCCUUACCGCAAGUCUGCUGGCGCUCCAGUCCGCUGCCUUCCUGGUUGUCCCAGAGACAAAUCUCAACGCUCACCAUGGCGGCUCCCAUGAGUUGGGUUUACGGCUCCAGUGCCCUGAAUGUCCCUUUCCCUCUCUUUCCGAGGAUUCCAAGCUUGUUUUGAACGAUGCAUGGGAUAGCUGGCUGCCUCUUAACUUCACCACCGAGGGUAACGCCCUCUCCGUGAACGGCCGUCAAGUCUUCCCGCUGGAGAACCGACCGGUUUCCCUUGAAACAGUCCUCCACCGCCAGUCGGACAUGAAAGCAUCCACUCCUGUUCCCGUUGGAUAUGGCCUAGAAUUCCAGGUUGUUGACGUCCCUGACUCAGACUCGAAGCUGACUUUAUUCCACUUCACCGUUCUUGACAUUGGCGGCUUCCCGGUCCCAGUUUCUACUGUCUACUUACCCACCAUUAAAUCUCCAAAUGGAGAUCUUACGAUCGUCACAUCCAAGGCCGGUGUCCUUCCGAUGCCAAAGAAAUCGUGGCGACAGUGCCGAAGGGAUCGUAGAUGCCUGAAGCACCUUAUCCUUGCUCGCAUUCGUGCCUUUGUUAUUUCGGCGAAACUCCGUGCUCUCGCCAUUGCUAAAAAGGUCUCGGCCAAGGUCAAAGGAUGCCAUCGCAGACCACACAAAGUUGGUAGCUCGCAGCACCAGCGCCCAGGCCACGAUAUGAUGCAACAUGGCGGCCAUCAUCAUACUCAUCAGCAACACAAAUCUAAGACUUUCGCUCACCGAUUCUGCCACAUCUUGAAAACCGUUUUCCUUCCUGGUCUCAUCGGCGUUGUCGCCGUUACCAGCAUUGCUAUCAUUGCAAUUCAACUUACCUGUGGUCUUGUUGCAGCCCGAGCUUUCUUCCGCCGACACAGUAACAAGCGCGUUGUCGAUCAGGAGCAAGGAGUUGCUCCUGAGAAAGAAGCCCUUAUGACGGAAGAGCAAUACGAUCUGCCACCUCACUAUGACGAAAGUGAUUACGGCAAAAUUGUCAUUCCUGCUGAAAAGGAGUAAACUUGAUUUCCGAUUUUGAAAAACUGAACCUACGUGCCAUCAUGCUCUUUUUUUGGGGAAAUACAUGAAAAGGCCACACGUACGGAGUGCUUACUAUUUACCAGACAACGGGGGGUUCGACGGAGACUGCAUCGACCUUUUUUUUUUCCUUUCCUUUUUUUUCUUUUUGAGGCUAACUCUUGAAUCUCUACUUUUGAUUUUGAACCGUUUUGUUUUGUCCGCCUUGGUAGAUAUGAAUUUCGGACUUGGCUUUCCUACUACAGUUUGUCUGCUUGUCUAUUAUGUAUCUUUCUGCCUUUAGGUAAAUUUGUGAAUUUUAUCCUGGAAAUGAAUGAAGCCCGUAGCCAAAUGGC